AUGACUAAAGACGUUGAGAAAAAACCGAAGGAACGACCCAAUACACGGAAGCUUGCAUUUCGGAAAGAGGCGAUUGAUGUUCUGAUUGAUCUUGAAGAAAAUGAAGUUACUUUUCAAAAAGCGAUGGAAGUUGCAAAAUUAGACUGCACAAGAUGUAAACUUCACGAAACAUCUCACAAUCCAAAACCGAGCAACUGUCGUGAUAAUCCAUUUUGCAUCUCCCGUCUGGGACUUGAAAAAUUUGACAAGCUAAUCGCUUUGGAGCAAGAAACUAAAGAAGAGGCGAAAAAAGAUCAAAAGCGUCGAGAUCUGAAUGAGCAACCAGCAGGAUUGAUUAAUGGUGGAAACUUCUGUUAUGUUAACAGCUUCCUUCAAGUCUGGUUCAACGUUCCCGAAUUCCGUCAGCUUGUCUAUGAUUUCAGAACUUCUCCUGACUUCGAACCACCUCCAGCCCCACGAAUGGAUGUGCAGGCUACGAUGUUGGCUCUUCAGGACAUCUUUUACACACUGCAGACCACCCCAUUUAAUGAUGCUGAUAAGACUUCUGGUCUCGGGAAACUAUUGCGGCUGAACACUGAGCAGCAGGAUUCUCAGGAAUUUGGCUUGAAGUUUUUCAAUGCUCUCGAACGGUGUUUACCGGACCAUCCAAAUGGUCAAGAGUCCAUGAGAAGAUUAGGCGAAAUCUUCACUGGUGAAAUUUGUACUCGAAUCGUUUGCAAAUGUGGUCAAAAGUCUGAAAGAGGUGAAACGGCAAUCUCGUUGCUUCUCAAUAUUGAAAACCGUUCAACUCUCUUGGACGCUCUGGAUGCACAUUUUGGAGAAGAACAACUUGACGAUUACAAAUGCUCGAAAUGUAACAAGACAGGAGGCACUACCAAGCAGUCAGACUAUGUUAAACUACCACCUGUCGUUGUUAUUCAGUUGAAUCGAUACAAAUACACAGCGAAGGGCCGUCAAAAGCUGAAGACUCCAAUUGCUUAUCCGAGAGAAAUUCCAGCAAGAGCUUUCCAAAGAAUCGAUCAGUCGAAUCCACCACCAGCAGAGUUCUACGAUCUUUUUGCUGUCACGAUUCACGAAGGAAACAAUGCAGAAUGCGGUCAUUACUACGAUUUGAUCAAAUCACCAUACAGCCAAAAAUGGUAUCGAUAUAACGACGAGACUGUUGAAGCGAUAGCUAAAGCUCCGGGAACAGACAAACCAACCACCGCAAAGAACGAAAAAUCCCGGAAGAAGGAAAAAGAAAAGUAUCCGACAGAUCAGAAAGCAUGCUACGGUCUAUUGUAUCGCCGUCGUGACGCUAUUCUACCGUUGCCUCAUCCAAUUCUUCCUCCAGAGGAGUAUAUUGCAGCAUCUAAAGCUGAUAUUGAAGAGCAUUUCGAAGGACUGACAAAGAAAAAGAUAGAAAAGAGCGAAAAGAGGUUGUAUGAUUUAGAAAGGCGGAUUCAUAAACUCAGGACCACUUUUUCAAAGUUAGAAACCCAUGUAGACAAGUAUGGUUCGGCUUCAGACAUAGUUUUGCUGCCGGUUUCCAUGCUUUAUGAUAUUCUUGCACAAGAAUAUGUAGUUGCGAAGGGUGAGAAGAAGAAAGAUAAAAAAGAGCCAGAGAAUGUAGAAGAAAAGAAGAACACAGAGGAAGAAGAUCUCGCCGCAGCCAUCGCAGCUUCAGAGGCUGAUCAAUUGGCUCUCCUGACUGGUCAAGCUUCUACUUCGGCUGCUUCAGAAGCUAUGGAAACUGAAGAUAACGACGAGUUAGGAGAUGAUAGGGAAACACCAUACGAAGAACAGGAUGUGGUUGACCCCGCUGUGGAAACUGAGGACUUGGUCGAGUCCCCAAGUAAUACGCCCACCAAAGAGAUAGAUAUUCUAGCAAUUGCUAUGGAAGAAUCUGCACUUCCUACUGUUGAUGCACCAUCUCAGGAGCAAAAAAAACGAACCCGUCCACAAAACGGUGAUGUGAAAUAUGUGUUCAAUAGUCGAUCCCCACGGAAGAGUACAGUCGGGACACCAGGACAUAGUCCACAGAAGCAGCCACUCUCCAGUCGAGUCGCUGCACUUCUCAGCACUCAUGAAAUUGCUGUUUGUGGUCAUGGGAAACUGUCAAUCGACUCGAUUCUUUAUGGAGAUGUGAAGGCAGUCGCUAGAGGACCAGCGAUAUCUCUGCUCAAAGAGUACGAUUUUCGAACAAAACAUGAAUACGAAAACGGAGACAAGGUUUAUCCUAAUACAGAUAAAGAUAUUCAAGUAUUCACAGCAGAGGAUAUCUGCAUGGAGUGUAUCAGAGAGAUGCGUGAUGAAGGCGUUUUCAACAAUCAGCUAGAAGACGACGACAGAAUGGUUCGAAAAAUCCUGAAAGAAGAAAAGCAAAGAUGCUCUGUGAAGUGUGCUGCCAAGCGUCCAGAAGGAAAUAUUUACGUCGCGAAGUUCGCUCUAUCAAACUUCAAGAAAUCGGCGAUCGCUGUUCGAGAAAACAGAUUAGCUGGAUUGCAUACUAAAAAAGGAAUUCUCUAUUACGACUCGCUGGAAACGCAGAAGAAAGAUGCAAAUUAUCAAACAGUAUCCAACCUGAAACGAGCACGAAAAGGACAGGCAAGCAAAUUUGCACCGGAAACACCCGCAAAAAUGCAGAAAUUGGAUGAAGAAGGUCUGGUUGAACAAAUGCCAAAUGAGUUUGAAGAUGAUGACAAUAUGAGUGGAAUUGAGCCUACCACAUCUGAGCAAAAUGAUCUGACGAAACCAGUUGAUUCAGAAGGCGUGAAACAUCCAGAGAACAUCGAAUUCAAUUCGGAACUUCGCUGUUCUCAUGGUGGAGUGAACUUUAGUCAAUUCAGACAUUCUGUAUCAGCUGAAGAGUGGGCACAACUCAAACGUUACUUCGACAAGUGCUAUGAGGUGAAAUGCUCCACGGCUGUGUGCGAUUUGUGCCGACAACAGGAGGCGGAGGCCCAAACUGGAUCUGACAAUAUGCGUGUAGCAGUUAGAGAGAUGCGGAAAAGAAUCAACGACACACUGAAGAAUAUUGAAGCAAGAGGCGAGGAGAAAAAUGAUGAAGGAGUGGAGUACGGUAUAUGCAGCACAUUCAUUGAUAAAUUGAAAAAGUUGACGAAUCGUCAAUCGACAAACCCUCCAACGAUCUGCCAAGAAUGUCUUAUGUGUAAUAGACAUUCCAAACCUUACAAGGGUUUUGCGAACGAGGAUAAUCAGAAAGAUGCUCAUAUUGUCGGACUCACGAGCGAUGAAUGGGAAACGAUUGUUAACGAAAUUCGCAAUCUGGAAAUCACUGGCGACGGUCAAGCAAUUCCAGUCGAACCGAAGCCAGUAAGAAUAGAAAAUGGACGAAUUGUAGACUUGUGUGAACCUUGUCAUGAGCAGCACAUAAAGUUUACUGAAGAGCAAAAGUACAUGUUUGAAAACGAGAAUAUUUAUGUGAAACUAAUCAAUCCAAACGAUGAGGAAGAUGUGUCUAAAUCGAACGGAAAAUCAAGAAGAGGUCGUUCCAAGAACGUCUACGCGAUCAAAUUGUCUUCGUCAAACAAGCUAUUGGAGUUAAAGGUUCAAUUGUACGACAAGACACAUCAGCUACCCAAUGAUCAACUUCUGUAUCGGACAGUCGGCGGAGAGCAGUUCGACGUCAGCAACAACACGAAGACACUGUUUGAUCUCAGACUUGCACCCAACAACAGCGACAAUCCACUCAUUCUUAUUGCUCAACAGUUCUCGCCGUCGUCAAAUCAAUCUGAGGAAACUGGAGAUCGUGCUCCUGAACGUGGGUUCGUUGACACUGCACUUGCUCACUAA